UUCAUGCACUACAGCAUGGCCUCAUCCGGCUCUGCGGCCGGGCUGUUGCGUUUUCUGCGUCUAGUUGGGCAGCUCAAGAGAGUCCCACGGACUGGCUGGGUAUACAGAAAUGUCGAAAAGCCAGAAAGCGUGUCAGAUCACAUGUACCGGAUGGCAGUUAUGGCUAUGGUGACCAGAGAUGACCGCCUUAACAAGGAUAGAUGUAUACGCCUAGCCCUGGUUCACGAUAUGGCAGAAUGCAUCGUUGGGGACAUAGCACCGGCAGAUAACAUCCCUAAAGAAGAGAAACACAGAAGAGAAGAGGAGGCUAUGAAACAGAUAACCCAGCUGCUGCCAGAGGACCUCAGGAAGGAGCUGUAUGAACUCUGGGAAGAGUAUGAGACCCAGUCUAGUGAAGAAGCCAGAUUCGUGAAGCAGCUGGACCAGUGUGAAAUGAUCCUUCAGGCCUCAGAAUAUGAAGACAUAGAGAAUAAGCCUGGGAGGCUUCAAGACUUCUACGAUUCCACAGCAGGAAAAUUCAGUCACCCUGAGAUAGUCCAGCUUGUUUCUGAGCUGGAAGCAGAAAGAAAUGCCAGCAUGGCCACGGCCACGGCCUCUGCGGAGCCGGGCUCCUGAGAUCGACUUGCUGCUCUAUGGUGCUGCAAGAUCUUUGUUUCCUGGGGCUUUCCCCAAGAUGAGAGUCUGUUUUCUGUUAUUUGGACUUGAACAAGAAAUGUGAUGUAAUCCAGACCCUAAAAGAAGCCACCGAAUCGGAAAUGGUCGGGAAGAUGCCCUGGAUGAAGACUGGAGAAUGCUUUUCUGUGUGAAUUUUUUAAAAAGAAAAACAAAACAAAACAAAACAAAACAAAAAAACUGUUAAAACACUCCAGACUCUGGUUUCUGUUUUGCAUUUCUUCAAUUCCUUUACUCAGGCUUACUACUAGGCAAUAUCAUCGAAGGGCAGAUUCAUUGUAAGUUAGGAUUUUUAAUUAUAGUUACUUUUAAGACCCGAUUCUUCUUCAGAUGCGGCAGGAAGCUACUACUGUGCACCUUAAUCCUGUGUUGUGUCACCCAGGUGAGAUGCUCUUGCCACACAGUCUCAAGGCUAACUUUCGAUGCUUUUUAAGAAAAUGUUUCACUCUGGCUGGUACAGGCCACCCUAGAUCCUCUCCUCACCAUGCCCAGCUAGAGCCAGAUUUUGAAUUGAAUUGUGUGCUGCUUCAGGCCCCUGACUGUAGAUUUCUAAGCCUGCUAACAGGCUUGCACUGUUGCCCAGUGCGUCGGCAUCUGAGGAUUUAAAUUGGGGCAUAAAUUUCCAACACCAUAUGUCUUCCCCUUUAGCUUCUUUUUCUCUGAUUUAAUGUCUUGAUUAUAAAAACAAUCAUGAGCGGUGAUAAAGAGUGCUACUGGAGUAUUUGCACCAAAAGUAGAUAUCUACCAACUUCAG